ACCUUGUUGAUUUUAUAGCAAAGCGCUGCCAAAGUGAAACGAGAUCAUCUCGCCGUUCGAGUUCGUGGUGUUUCAGAAAAUUUCUUAAGUGUUUUACUUCGGUCGUUGCAAGAUCAGGUAAUUCUUGAAGCUCGACUUCUGAUUUCAGAAUUUAAUAUAACUGGUUUUAGAUCCAAGUCCAGUAGAGAACGUUAGGGGUAGGUGUGAGAUCAAAGUAGGAAGUUAACUGUUCUCAUCCUACUUGUAGUGAGUCACGAAAGAUGUCGUCCAAAGAGACACUAAGUGUUGGAGGUAGCGAGGGGGAGCAAGGGCUGAGCUUGACCAGCGGGAAUGAAGUGGAGAGCUCAAGGAACGAGAGGAGUGGCGGGGUUAGAGGUGGGGUGGUAGAGGUGGGGAUUCCUUCUAACAUAUUAGAGGUAGAUCUAGAUAGGGCAAAGUUCUAUAAUGAGGAGGAGGAAGUGGUGGAAGAGGUGGUGGGGUAUGAGAGUAUGUGGAGGAGGAGGAGUGACCUCACCCACCUAGUAGAACACUAUGCCAUUCCGGGGCACGUUCUACUUAGGCCGGCUGGGGAGAGGGAAAGGGCGUGCUCAGCUCCAAGGGAUCAUUGGAUGCCGGUGUACGGGCACUAUUUAACAGCCGGGCUUAGGUUUCUAGUGCCCGAGCUGCUAGUGGCGCUGCUGCUGGAGUACGGGCUGGGGUUGACGCAGCUCGUCCCCAACGCAGUUCGGCUUAUCCUAGGGUUUUUAGUAUAUUGCCGAACUCGAGGUGUAAUCCCCACGGUGAAUAUUUUUAAGUAUUUUUUCUUGAUAAAGAGGGGAAGUAAGAAGGAGCGGGGGUGGUUUUAUUUCACACCCCGGGUGGCUGGAGGAGGAGGAAGGAACCUGUUCAGUGCAGGUCCUUCAUCUAUAAAGGGGUGGAAGGAUAAGUUUUUCUUCAUGGAUGACACGAAGUGGGAAAAAUCAGAGGUGGAGGUAACGGAGCUCAGCAGGUGGAAGAGGAAGAGGUCGAAUCCGAAUCAGUAUUCGCUGAGCUUGGGAGAGCAAGAGGAGGUGGAGAGGUUGGAGAGGAGAGGUGGGGACGUAAUGGACAUCAUGCAUUUCUGCAGUCCAGCAAUGUUAGAAGCGGCAGAAGUCUAUGGGCCGAGCUCUAUGACUGGAGGUCGGAAAAUGGUAGCACCGUCAGAGAAGAGGUCGAAGGCUCCGGCCGCACCUUUAGUGCGGGAACGGGUACCCACUUCGAGGUUUCGCCCGGACGGGAGUGCCCGAGAUGAGGUGGGCCCUAGCUUGGAUCUGGGGAAGAAGAGGGCUGAGGAAGCUACAGCCCAGAAGAGACGGAGGGUUGAGGAGGUGCCACAACCCCAAACCGACGCGCUGAUCGAGUUCGUGCCUCGACCUUCGCCAGUGCAGAUUGAUCCAUCUCUACGUGAAACAGCUGCCAAGCGCUUCAUCAGGUCCACUUUUCCUGAGGUGGAUCUCAACAGAGCUCGGCAUGAGGUCGAGGAGCAUGGGGGUUCAGGAGUGGUGCGCCAUGCGCUCGAGACGGUGAAUCUCAUCAAUGCCUUGGCGGCUGAAUACUACGACUGCCUCAAGGAGAGGAAUAAUCUGGUUGACAAGUAUGAUGAGCUCAACCUGCAGAAGCAGUCGGCUGAGCAGAACUUCCAUGACCUAACUUCAGAGCUCGAGAAAGUUAGGGAGGAGUUGGCUUCUGCCAAGGCAGCUACUGAUGUUGAGGUGGCGAAGAGGAGAAAAGCCGAGGAAGAGCUGGCUGAAGUGCGAGGGGAGUUGGCCGAGGUGCAGAAAAGAACCGAGCUGGAGGUGCAUAACUCGGUUGAGAAGCACGUCUCUGACUUCGUCAAUUCGGAGACGUUUUCAGAGAUCGUGGACCUCUUCCGCAUGCCUACACUGGUGAUGGCAUUCAACGACUGUCGGAAGAAGGUGAAGGCCCAGAACCCUGAGGCUGGACGAACUGUGCUCCCCCCACGUCUCGAGUACGAGUUCGUCGCCGUGGACGAAGAGACCGAGGCUCCUAUAACUGCCAAGGUCGGAGAGAAUGCGGCUGAGCAAGAGGUGGAUCAGCAGCAUGUGGUGAUCGACUGACGUCGACCCCUCCCCUUCAUUCAUUAUCUUUUUAAACAUGACAAUGUACUGUUUAGUAUAAUUAAUGAAAAGAGAAUUUGUUGUAUUUUAGUGUACUGUGUGAGUUCAUAUUUUUGGAUAAUAAACAUGAAAACGGAAGACUGUGAUCGUGACUGAAGUGAAGUUUGGACUUCGACUUCAAAAUAAAGUGAAUGUAAUGAA